AUGGAAACAGUAGAAGCACCCAAAGAGAAUACUGUAACAGCAUCUAAUACUACGCCUGCACCAGCAGCAGAAACGAAAACCCAAAUAACAGAACCUGAGCAUUUAAGAAAAUUAUUCAUUGGUGGUUUAGAUUAUAAGACUACAGAUGAAACGUUAAAAUCCCAUUUUGAAAAAUGGGGAGAAGUAGUAGAUGUGGUUGUAAUGAAAGAUCCGAAAACUAAAAGGUCUCGCGGCUUUGGCUUUAUUACAUAUGCAAAAGCUCACAUGGUAGAUGAUGCUCAGGCUAAUAGACCUCACAAAGUGGAUAACAGGACUGUAGAGCCGAAAAGAGCAGUUCCAAGAACAGAAAGCGGAAGGCCAGAUGCUGGUGCUUCAAUUAAAAAAUUAUUUAUUGGGGGUAUAAAAGAUGAGCACGAAGAAGAAGAUUUAAAAGAGCAUUUUAAGCAGUUUGGAAACAUUGUUUCUUGCUCUAUUGUUGUAGACAAAGACUCUGGCAAAAAAAAAGGGUUUGCUUUUGUUGAAUAUGAUGACUACGAUCCAGUUGACAAAGCAUGCUGUAAACAUUUGGAUGUUAAGAAAGCUCAUGGAAAAGAUGGGAGAGGAGGAGGCAGAAAUGGCGGAGGGCGGCAAGGAGGAGGGUGGGGUGGAGGACGUAAUCAAGGCGGUGGCUUCGGCGGUAAUAGUUGGGGCAAUAGUGGUGGAUGGGAUAACCAGGGGGGUUGGGGAAAUCAAGGUGGAUGGAGUAAUCAAGGAGGUUGGGGCAAUGAUGGUUUUGGUGGGGGCUAUCAGCAAGGUUAUGGAGGAGGUCCCGUUCGAGGUGGAAACUUUGGAGGAAAUCGUAACGGACCAUACGGUAAUUAA